AUAAAGGAUAUAUAUGUUUUGCAUCGUGCUUAGAGGACAACGCAGUUACCGGCACGUGCCAAGUUUGGAAUUUAUUGCAGUCCGACUUUUCCCCACGCUGCCGCUUUCUGAACCCUUUUGAGUUUAUUAUUAUUUCUAAACCAGGAAAUUACGCAUAGUUGCUCUUCCUUAUAGCUCUCAAACUUCAGACCCCUUGAGGUGGACAGCAGCCUCGCAAGCCCUACUAAGUCCCCUGUGUCUCACCAUGAGACACAGGCUGUUUAUAGUUACCUUUAUAGGGGCACUGGCAUGUUGCGCUUUUGCUCAAAGCACGGUCACCGCAGCAGCUAAAAACGCAACCGGCAAGACAGUUCAGGAGAUUGAAUUUGCACCUGCUGUGGAAGUUCUCAAUAAUGAUGAUAUAGACCUUACAGGCAACUGCCUAAAUGAAAUUAAGAAGAACUGCGAUGGUAUUGAAGCUGGCGAGGGCCGGAUUGCGGACUGCGUCAGCGACCUCAUAUCUGAGGCCGAAUUGGCGGAGAGCGACUCUGAGUCCGACCCCGUGGAGGUGACGGAUGCCUGUCGCGAGGAGGUAUACCAGUACAAGAUCUCCCGCAACUCUAACAUCAACAAGAACGUCCCUUUGGCCAAGGCGUGCAAAAUUGACGCCGAGAAGCACUGCAACAUCACGUGGUUCUUCGGUUACAAGUCCGGACAGAUCAUCUCCUGCCUCAGGGAGAUCAAGGAGCUGCUGGCGCCCGCAUGCGCCAAGCAGAUCUUCAAGCUGCAGAUGGACGCGGCGGUGGACUUCCGCGCCGACCCACAGCUCUACGAGAACUGCAAGAGCGAUGCGCAGACGCUGUGCGACGGGGUGAAGUUUGGCGGCGGACGCGUGCAAGCGUGUCUUCGCGACAAGCGCAUGCAGCUGUCUUGGGGCUGCGAGGAGCAGCUGUUCCGGCAGGAGCUGGAGGACGCGGACGACAUCCGGCUGAGCGUGCGGCUGUACACCAAGUGCAUUAGGGAGAAGAGGAAGUUCUGCGCGGAGGUUCAGCCGGGCAGCGCCCGCGUGAAGGACUGCCUGGAGGCGCACCGCGACGACGACGGCUUCGGCAAGGAGUGUCGCGAGGAGGUGGACAAGAUGAUUGAGCAGCGUGUGCGGGACUUCCGACUGGACUCGCGGCUGAAGCGCACGUGCGGGUCGGACAUCUAUAACAUGUGCGCCUACCUGGGUGACGUGGACACGCUGGACACGGAUGACGUGGCAGUCGUACACUGCCUGCAGGACUAUGUGAACGAGAUCUCGGAGCCCGGGUGCCGCGCCAUGGUCCUCAAGUACAAGGAGCUGGCCUCCCAGGACAUCCGCUUCGAUCUGCCCCUGGCGGACGCGUGCUACGAGGACCGCCAACGCAUUUGUGCAGAUGUGCCGCCCGGUUCCGCGCGCGUGAUUCGCUGCCUGGAGAGCGGACGCGACAGGCUGUCGCCGGAGUGCCGCGCGACCCUGUUUGACGAGGAGGUCCGCUUCUCGGAGAACAUUGACUUUCAGUUCCCUAUGAAGAUGGCUUGCGCCAAGGAGCUCCAGCUGUACUGCAAGGAUGUGCCCCACGGGGAGGCCCGCGCCAUCCGUUGCCUUCAGGACAACAAGGAUGAGUCUGACUUCGGCAAGGAGUGCCGGAAGCAGGUCGAGCAGUACGAGCAGGAGGCCGCCUCCGACUACCGCCUCAAUCACCGCCUCAACAAGGCGUGUGCGGACGACAUCUCGCUGCUCUGCUCGUCCGUCUGCUCGGCGGAGGGGGGCUCGCCGUGUGGCGGUACGGUGCUGCGGUGCCUGACGGAGCGGCAGGAGGACAUCAAGAACAGCGCCUGCAAGCAGGAGGUGCUGUACUUUGAGAAGAUGGAGGUCUCCAACUACCACAACGACGUCAUCCUGGCAGCUGCUUGCCGGGAUGACGUGCAGAAGUUCUGCGCCGAAGUAGAGUCUGGCGAGGGUCGCAUGCACGAGUGCCUGCGCGCGCACCGCACCGAGCUCAGUGACUCCUGCCGGCGCGAGGAGCUGCUGCUGGAGGAGCAGGAGGCUGAGAACGUCGAGCUGCGCCCCGGCCUGCUGCGCACCUGCCGCAACGAGCGUCGCGCCUUCUGCAGCGCGGUGUCCCCCGGACAGGCGCGCGUGUUCCGCUGCCUGGCCGAGAAGAUGUCGGACCCCGACUUUGGGGAGCCGUGCCGCCAGGAGAUUAUCAAGAAGCUGCAGCGGCGGCAGGCCAACUGGAAGCUGGACCCCACGCUGCGCAAGGCCUGCAAGUCCUCCGUAUCUUCCCUGUGCGCCUCGGAGGACCAGGCCAACAGCGAGCAGGGCCUGGUGUACAAGUGCCUGGCCACGCACUACAUGGACCUGGACGAGGGCUGCCAGAAGGAGCUGGGCCGCGCGGUGCACAUGGCGUUCUUCGUGUGGAGCGAGGGCGCCAUCCUGACGUCCGACUGUGACGACGACGUGGAGACGCUCUGCCUGGCCUCGCGACCCAACAUGGCGGCCACGCCGGGCGCGGUGGGGCAGUGCUUGGCGGCAAAGUUGGAGGAGGGCACCAAGUCCCAGAAGCCGCUGCUGUCCGACAAGUGCAGCGCGCUGGUGGAUGUGGCCGAGCCGCCCAACAUGAAGCAGGCCUUCGAGGCGACGCUCACGGUGGCGUUGCUGCAGUCGCAGCUGUCGGCGGUUGAGGCCAAGACGGGGCUCACUAUGUUGCAACGUGACACACAGGGCAAUGCGCAGGCGCUCACGCUGACGGGCUGGACGGCGCUGCUUGGCAUUGCGUCCAUGGUGUUGCUCAUCCUGUGGGGUGUCAACUAUGGGUAUCGCAGGUACAAGGGGAUUCCUGAGCAGGCCGGGUAUACGCUGGUGGUGAAGGGCAAGGGGCAGCGCUGAGGUGCGGGGCGUGCAUGGGAGGUGCAGUGAUGCAGUGAUUGACUGACGCUGAACUGGAGUGCGUUCGGCUUUUGACGCUGUGUCACGUCGGAAGUGUGGAAGAGGGAGCAAGACUGAAUGGACGCGUCUAACAGUAACAGCUUGUCGCAGGAACACUGAGCGUAUAUGCCAUGUUUAUGAUGGAUGCAUGUUUACUACGAAAGGUCCUCAAAGAUGGUCUUGACGUAUGGGCGGCAAGUGACGUUGGGAAUUGGAGCCGGCCGAUAGUUUAAGAAGUGCGGGCUUAGUCUAUAGGUUUGGUCCGAAAUUGGUGCAUCUGCACCUUUGCAUACUUGCUUAGGGGUGUCGUACGCAGCCUAGUAAGGACUUAUCAGCAGCACCCUUACGCAGGACACUACCUCCCGUCGUGAUUACACAUGUGGUUCCUUAGCUGCUAGAGGCGUGCGGAAAUCGUGGUCGCUUAACUGGUGAUAACAGAUCCCGCAUCUCACAACGAUUGCUCCCAAUGCCGGCGCACUGCUGGAAAUCCUCCGGAACGGUUAUCUGGGAAUAUGUAAGCCAAACUACUUCUC